AUGACCAUCACUAACUACACUCCUCUCUUCUUCCUAUGCUUCAUAAUCCCCCUUGUACAUAGCAAUGUUCAAUCACAUUCAGGUCCUUCAACACAGGUUAUGCAUUCUUUCCAUCAAGACAGAAAUGGUUCUAAAUUUUCAUGGCAUGGUUCUUGCACAAACAAAGACAUAAGCAUUUCACAAAGUAGAGAGACACUAAGUGGAAUUCCUCAAUAUGUAGUGCAAAUUAUGAACACAUGUGUUUCUUCUAAGUGUGCUCCAUAUAAUAUCCAUCUUCAUUGUGGUUGGUUUGCUUCUGCAAGAAUAGUCAACCCGAAAUUGUUCAAGAGACUUUCUUUUGAUGAUUGUUUGGUGAAUGGAGGAAAACCUUUAACCUCUAGCCAAAUCAUUAGAUUCACUUAUUCUAACUCCUUUUUGUAUCCUCUUGCUUUCAAGUCUGCCAAAUUUUGCUGA